GUUCGUCGACCAUGGACGCGAAAUGUCAAUCAUACGUGAGAUCAGGAAAUGUCAUUCUAUCGCCUUGUCAGGAACUCAACACAAAACUAGUCCUCAGCGACAAAUGGGAACAGGCCCCCUAUUUACUUCGACGAGUUCGGGACCCCAUCCAAUGAAACAGACGUCCUCACACACGGCGUCUGCACCAAGUUUCUGAACAGAUCCAGCGCGAUCACUCAGUCCAACAUUGUUGUAAUGUUCGAAGGGAUAUGUGAAGACGGCCUCUACGACCGAGAUCAGGGUCAAUGGACGGAUCGCAGCCACUAUUCCGAUAUUCUACUAUUCCUGAACUGCCUGACAGAACGCUCAUAUGCAGCACUUUCCACGAUGCCAACUUCCGAGACGAAGCUUCCAAAGCGGCGAAUUUGGGUCAUGCAUCCGACUGAAUCACCAUUGAAAGUCGCCUUGCAACAGGUAUUUCUUCUCGUGAACCAUGACUCUCAGGGCGUAUCGACCAUGGAUGAGGUGUACGCAUUCGCAGAGCUUACAUCUGAUCAUGGCCCACGUGAUCAAAGUGGAUCUCCUCUUCCGUUCACACCCAGCACCUCCAAGUCUCUCUCCCGAUAUAAUCGCCCUUUUCUGUUUGGUCUAUCGAUCCAGAAAUCAAACACUAUACACCUCAUCAAACAUGAUCAACGCGGCAUUACCGCAACCCCAUUUCACAUCCAUCGUUAUCCAUGUGCAGUCCUUGGCUGCAUCAGCACUUUGGCUACGUGUGAUAGCUAUGAUCUAGGCUGUUAUCACACCGAUGAGUCUGCUUCGAUUAAACACGACACUGUAUCCUCCCGAUACAUCAAAACCACUUAUCACCAAAAAGCUACCCAUUCGCGACAGAGUGCAGAUCAUCACAUACGCGUCAGACUAACAAGACCACCCGUCUUCGGGUCCUUCGACGGAUCCUUAUUUCCUUGUAAUUGCCCCUUUGGAUGGAAAUUUAUCGUAGAUUGCGGUGCCGCUCCUCGGGACCACGCACAGUUUUUGGAUGAACUGAAAAACCUCAAAGGGGUACCAAAAAUAGGGGCAUAUCGAUCUAUGGCGCUCGACUGCAUGAUCACCCACGACAAGAGACUGUUCGGACCACAGCAUCUGAUAGUGGAGAGCGUCAUCCAAACCGUAGAGCAUCUCGUCAGCAUCACCUACUUUUCAUCCCGCAAGGAGUUUUUCUCGGCGAUAAUAUCAUGCAUAGAAAGUGAGUGACGACGCGUUGUGCAGUCCGACGCGACGUUGAAUGUGCACGAUAGCCCACCGUACCGCGUAUUUCUCGCACAGGCUGCUUCAUAAUGACAUCAAUCCGCGUUCCAUCUGUCUGCACGUGAAUGAUCCAAGUGAUGAGAGUGUCAUACCGUUUUGGAAUUCGGACGGAACGCCUCCCAUACGCCAAGCGAUGCUCUGCGGGUGGAGAUUCGCAAAACACAUGGACCCUGACCACAAGAAGACAAGUUUCUAUAGAUUCUCGGUGA